AUGAGCCAGUUUAACUUGGAACGUUUCCGAUUUCAAAAGUCGUUUACGUGCAAAGGGCAGAACACGCGUUCCGAGUCUGAGAAGGAGAACAAGCCGGCUCAAAUGAAAUCCACCAAAUCCCAUUUAUCAACAUCCUAUAGCCAAGGAGUAAUUUUUGAAGACUCUGACGAUGACAAGCCUCCUAGAAAAAAAUCCUUCUCGAAGAAAUCCAGAGAUGCUGUGAUCAAACCAUCUACACAUGUCAUCAAAGAUGAAAGAGAAGAGAAAAAAAGUCAAGAGUCAAAACUCGCUGAACUGUUCCCUAACUUAUCGAGGAAAAAGCUCUCAGAGGUUGUUGGUAGCACAAGUACGCUUGAUGGAGCUGUUGCCACGUGCCUGCUGAUUUCUGAAGAUAAAGACAAAGAUUGUGUCGGGAAGAGAAAGGAGGAUUUAUCUGACAGCUCAAGGACGAUCGGAGAGACUCGACUUGACCGAAAAAGAAAACAAACAGAGGUGUCUGAUGACUCAACGGAGGAUUCUGAAGACGAACCAAGUUGGGAGAAACAGGAGGCAAUGGUCCAAAAACUUCAGAAGAAGUUUGCCAAUCAAUUUGCCAAAGAGGAGCUGCGAUCAGUGCUUCAGGAACACAGCUGGGAUGUUGUUGAGGCCCGACAUGCUCUAAAGAUGUUCUCUGAGCAAGAUGACAGCUGCUUGUCAAAAGAUGCACCAAAAAUAUCCCAACAUACCAAAAGCGAGGAGAAGUCUUUAAAGGAGCAAAGCAAAUUGCACCAAUUUGUGUUUAGUGACAAAAAAAUAGAUGCCAAGGUGGACACGCACAAAGAUUUAAGUGACACUCAAAACAGUUCAGAUGCUACAGUUGACAGUGAUGACUACGCAGCUGAAGAAAAUGUCAAACAUUCCAAUUCCAUCCUCUCCUCGUGGAUUACAAAAGACAUGUUACCUGUCAUGAAAACUACUUACCAGAAGCCAUCCUGCUCCUCCACCUCAUUAUCGUCAGGAAAAACACUGUCCAGUUUUGACAGUGGGACCAGUCUGGCUAAGAAGCGAGCAAAAGAAAGAAAGCAAAAAGCCCGUGCCGUUGAAGAAAGCAUGAGCUCCGGCGACGAUGACGACGACGACGAUGAUGAUGAGAGUGCAUCAAGCAGUGACUUUGACAACUACGAUGAUGCAUUGGCAAAGAUUGAUGGCGUGAAAGGAGAGGUACUCAAGUUCUUUCAAGAGGCCACCAUUGAUGAGCUGACCCUUAUUUCCAAGUGUUCCAUCAAAAAAGCCAGUAAGAUCAUCGAGCUGCGACCCUUUAAAAACUGGCUAAGCCUGCUCAAUGUGAUGCAAAAGAUCAACGGACUGUCAGAGGAUCUGCUGGUGGACUGCAGAACGGUUCUUAAGGAGCGUACCAUUGUACGGAGACUCAUGUCUAAAUGUGAGACUAUUUCCUCCCUAAUGGUCAAGCAGGUCACAGAAGUCAUGCGGGCUGGCUCGGGAACAAUGCAACAACCAAGCCUGCUCAAUAGCCAGUUCAAGCUUAAACCCCAUCAGCUUAUAGGUCUGAAAUGGCUGCAGCUUCUGCACGAGCACAACCUGAGCGGCAUCCUCGCUGAUGAGAUGGGUUUGGGGAAAACCAUCCAAGCAAUUGCCUUCUUAGCCCAUUUAUUCCUGAAAGGAUUAGAGGGUCCUCACCUCAUCAUUGUGCCUGGCUCCACACUUGAUAACUGGGUCAGAGAGCUGAAAAAAUGGUGCCCCAUUCUGAAAGUAUUAGUCUAUUGUGGAUCUAUGGAGGACCGCAGUUACCUGAAGCAUGACAUCCUGAACAAUGAGGUUGAUUUUAACAUCCUUGUCACCACGUACAACUUUGCCAUUGGGAAUAACAAUGAUCGCAGUCUGUUCCGCAAGCUGCGCGUUACAUACGCCAUCUUCGACGAGGGUCACAUGCUGAAGAACAUGAAUUCAUUGCGGUAUCGCAACCUCAUGUCUAUCAAUGCAAAGCAUCGCUUGCUACUAACUGGCACGCCAUUACAAAACAACCUCUUGGAGCUGAUGUCACUACUCAACUUCAUCAUGCCGUCCAUGUUCUCCAGCUCUACCGUCCAGCUCUCUAAGAUGUUUUCUAUGAAGUCCCGUGAGGAACAGAGUCAAUUCGAGAAGGAUCGCAUCUCUGAGGCCAAACGCAUAAUGAAACCUUUCAUCCUUCGAAGAGUUAAGAAUGAGGUCCUCCAGCAGUUACCUGACAAGAAAGAAAAGGUGGAGUACUGCUCCAUGAGUGAGAAGCAGCAGGUUCUCUACCACACACUCUUGAAAAACCUCAAGGCUUCCACCACUGGCGAAAAUCGGCAGAUGUGUAACGUGGUAAUGCAGUUAAGGAAGAUGGCCAACCACCCUCUGCUUCAUCGACAGUACUACACUACAGAGAAACUUAAAGCUAUGAGUAAACUCAUGCUCAAGGAGCCAACUCACCAUGACGCAAGUGCUGAAUUAAUUCAGGAGGACAUGGAAGUCAUGUCUGACUUUGAGCUGCAUUGUCUAUGUCAGAAAUACACAUCCAUCAGCUCCUACCAACUAGAAAACAGUCUUCUCUUCGACUCUGGGAAGUUCCGGUGGCUGACAGAGGAGCUGGCAUCACACAAAGACAAGGGAGACAAAGUUGUCCUAUUCAGUCAGUUUACUAUGAUGCUGGACAUUGUGGAGGUACUGAUGAAACAUCUAAAUCAUCAUUACAUAAGACUGGAUGGCUCCACGCCAAUCGCAGACAGAAUGGCGCUGAUUGACGAAUUCAACAACAACAGCAAUGUAUUUGUGUUCCUUCUGUCAACUCGCGCAGGUGGCCUCGGUAUCAAUCUAACGUCAGCUAACAUCGUCAUCUUGCACGACAUCGACUGGAACCCUUACAACGACAAGCAGGCUGAGGACCGUUGUCACCGCUUGGGUCAGACCAGGACCGUGCAGGUAAUCAAGUUGAUCAGUCAAGACAGUAUUGAGGAUGGCAUACUGCAGCUGAGCCAGAAGAAACUCAAACUGGAGCAGGACAUGACAGCUGCUGAGCAGUGUGGUGAGGGGACCAUGCCUGAAGACAUGGCAUCUUUGCUCAAAGCGUCGCUGGGACUGUGA